UUGAAGCCAUUUCGGCCAUUGUGGAAAGUGGAAAGGACCUCGCCAAGAAAGGACAAAAUAAAGCAUUGAAAGACAAGGGAAAGGGACAAGACAACAACUGUCAAAUCUGCCAGUAACUCGCGAUUGUAGAGAUGGUCCAAUCGUGCUCAGCUUACGGAUGCAAAAACAGAUAUCAUAAAGACAGAAACAUUUCAUUUCACAAGUUCCCUCUAGCACGGCCAGACGUCUGUGGGAAAUGGGUUGCGGCAAUGAGGAGAAACAAUUUCAAACCAACCAGAUACAGUAAUAUCUGCUCUCAGCAUUUCACUAAAGACUGCUUCAAACCAGAGUGCAACAACCGUGUCCUGAAGGAGAAUGCUGUACCUUCUCUAUUCUGUUUCAGUAAACUACAAGUCAAGGCAGAGUCCUUGGUGGACCCGUUACCUCCAGAGAUGGACUUCUCUCUGACCCUCCCCUCCCUCCCCCUCUCUGACACAGAGGAGACUCAGCAGGAGAUACAGACAGAGACCCAUCACACUGUAGACCCCUUACCCCUGGUAGAGAACCUUCCCCACAGCAUGUCCAUCUCCUGCGACCACAACUACACCGUGGAGGACACUGUCCAGCAGAAGAAGAGGAUUGAGCAGCUGGAGGAACAGCUGGACAAGCUGAGGAAGAAGUUAAAGACCGUACAGCAGAAGUGUCGGAGGCAGGAGAGACAGUUGAAGAGGUUUAAGGCUAUCGGAGAGUUCCAGAGGAUGAACAGGGACCCGGCGCUAGGGGAGGGAUAUGUAAUUCUACCCCAACAGCUUUAUGAUGCGCUCAAAGGGAUUGAGCCCGUAGAGGGUCCAUGAAGCCUCACACACCUAGCCUGGGUGCCAAGUCUGUGGAGUUGGCAAGACCACAAACCGGUCUGGGACCAGGCUGUAAUAGACCAGGCUUACGGACCCUGGUUCUCUGGGUCUGCCUUCAGUGUAUUGGGG